AUGACAGAUGGUACUGAGGAACAUAACACAAGAGAUCGUAAACCCUCAUUUUCACUAACAACAGUUCCAGAAGAAUCCGAGAUUAAUAGUACUAUCGGUGCAUUGGUCAUAACUACGCCAUUAGUAGAGCCAAAGGCUGCUGUUGACCCCACAAAUAGUAGUCAAUACCGCCCUCGUCGUCGAAGUAGUAUAUCAAUUCUUCAAACACUUGCUCAAUCUCAUUUACUCUCGACAAAUGAUGCUCGAAAAAGAAAUUUUCUUGUCGGAUCAUCUCGACAAUUAUCAGAAAAUGCUAUGAGUGACAUGUCUUCAUGUUUUCCAAAUGGACGAUCAUUAACAAUAAUGAUGGUAACAUGGAAUACAGGUGAAGCUCCAAACUUAUAUGAACAAAACUUUACACCAACAGUUCGAGAAGAAGCUCAGCCAAAAGAACGUAUGCUGUCUGAUAUGUGUGAUAUAUUAUUACCAACAUUUAUUGAUUAUGUUUCUGAUUUAAUUAUUGUUUGUACACAAGAAAUGUCUGCAACAAAAAAUAGAACGGAUUGGGAAGUUUUACUUCAAGAAGUUAUUGGUCAAAAUCAUGUUUUAUAUCAUUCAAUUCAUUUUGGUACUUUAUCAUUAUGUAUAUUUUUACAAAGAAAUUUAAUUUGGUUUUGUACUGAACCUGAAGAAGAUGUUAUUAAGUUUCGAGCUGUGAAUGCUUUGCGUACAAAAGGUUCAGUUGCUAUAACUUUUAAUCUUUUUGGUACAUCAUUUAUGAUUAUUAAUUCACAUUUUGAAGCUGGUGAGGGUACCGAAGGUCGAUCAAGUCGACAAUUAAAUUUUCAACAUACACUAGAUAAAUUAACAAUACCACAUGAAUUUGUUGAAAGAGCUAUUGUAUCAAGUAAAUCUUUAGUAUCUUUAGUUAACGAAGAAACUUUACAACAUUCUGAGUCAACAGUAUCACUUGAAACUGUUCGAGAUAGAGGCAUAGAUAUAACAAAAGCAUGUGAUUGUAUUCUAUGGGCCGGUGAUAUGAAUUUUCGAAUUGAUAUGAGCCAUCAAGAAGUAGUAGAUCAUUGUAAUAAAAAAAAUUAUGCUGAAAUUUUACUUCAAGAUGAAUUUCGUAUAUUACAACAGAAAACAAGUAACCGCCAUUGUCAGUUUAAAGAAGCAAACAUUGACUUUCCUCCGACAUAUAAAUUUGAUUUACGUUCUUUCAAUGAUAUUUAUACUAAAAGCCGAACACCAUCAUAUACAGAUCGUAUUCUUUAUCGAGAUAAACCAGAUUUACAAAUUAAAUGUACACAAUAUAAAUCUAUUGAAAGUGUAAAACAUUCUGAUCAUAAACCUGUUGUUGCUCAUUUUCGUGUUAAACUUAAACCCGGUUUACAUACGGGAUAUCCUUCAUAUGGAAAAUUUAAUCGUGAAGUUUAUCAACGUGGUUGUGAACAACGUGAACAACAUCAUUCAUUAGGUAUUGGUUUAGAAAUUACUAGAAGACGUCGACCGCCUAUAAGUAAAAGUUCUGUUUGUGUUCUUCAAUGA